GCGCGGUGGGCGAGCCAUACUUCUUGUGAAGAACAGCUUCACCGAGCGCGGGACUACCUCCUACCCACCCCUUUUUUUCCCCCUUCUUUCUUCACACAUUAUUUGUCGACCAUGUCGGAUCGAGAAUUCAGUUCAAACGACGACCUGUCGCUUCCCAAAGCGACGGUCCAGAAAAUUAUCACCGAAAUCCUCCCGCCCUCCUCCGGUCAGACUUUCUCCAAAGAUGCUCGCGAUCUGCUGAUGGAAUGCUGCGUCGAAUUCAUCACCUUGAUCUCCUCCGAGGCCAACGACAUCAGCGAAAAAGAGGCCAAGAAGACGAUCGCGUGUGAACAUGUCGAGCGCGCCCUGCGCGAUCUCGGCUUCGGGGACUACAUCGCCGAUGUCCUUGCCGUUGCAGAAGAACACAAGGAACAGUUGAAGUCCCGAGAGAAAAAGCAGAGCAAGAUGGAACAAAGCGGCUUGUCCGAGGAGGAGCUGCUCCGGCAGCAGCAGGAGUUGUUCCGCUCCGCGACCGAGAAAUAUCACGCCGCUCCAGAGUAAAAGACAACGAAUUUGCAUGAAACAUCGUAAUGUGGUUUGAUCUCAUGCUGGCCAUAGGAGAUCCAGGUUCAGGAGUUUGAGAUUCCAGAGGACAGAAAUUCGGAGUUUGUUGGUUUGGGUCGUGCUUGGGAAAAGGGUCGGUUAUGUAUUUCAUGUCCCUCGAGGCUUCGCUAGUUUGGCUCAUUUAAUCCUAUAUCGCUUCUGGGAGACAAACCAGGAGUGCGCAC